CGUCUCGUACAUCAUCAACAUACGGAUCUAAACGAAAGCUAUCAAAAUGUCGUAUCGAAGUUACAAUUUCUCGACCGAACCCUCAACUACGUCUCGGUUCGGUUCGUUGAGUUCCACGAGCAGCAGUUACCGUCCAUCUUUUUCUUCCGGGAGCUAUCGCACUCCUCGACCAACGACGACCACUACGGCUCCAAGCUCGAACGUUUCCUCCUUCAUUAGUCGGUACUCCAGCUUGGCAGCCGAUAAGGAGAAGGAAAGGGAAAGAGACAAGGCGAAGGAAGAAGAACGACGGAAGGAGCGUGAAUUAAGGGAAAGGGAACGUGAAAAGGAACGCGAUCGCGAGAAGGAACGUUUAAUCGAAACAUCGAAAAAGCUCGAGGCAGAAAUAAAAGAGAGCAAACCAGCACCGUUGAAGAAGUCUUCGCUGAUUGCAGCGAAGUAUGGUUCUAGCAAAGACGUAACAGCUACCGAUGAAUCAUCUACAAAGACUGGUGGAGCUGGCAAGGUCCCAUCCACUAAAGAUUCAGUGCUGAAGCCUAAAAAGGAUAAUGCACCACCUGUCACGUUCACCACACGCUAUGGGCGAACCGGAGUGGCUCGGGAACAAUCCCGCGAACCAAGUCCAGCGACAAGAACAAACUCUUCCACGUCGAUCGCUUCCCGAAGCAGACACCGUGAUCCGAGUCCUGCCCCAACGGCUAUCACAGAGCGAGCACGUUCUCGCGAUCCAAGUCCCGCCGUAGAAACGAAGCGUACGGGAGGAUAUGCAUUAGCUAUAGCUAGUAAGCUGUCCGGCACAAAGCUGCCACAACAGAAUGCUCCCAAUGAAUAUCGAAGACAAUCGAGCGGUACCACGUUCGGUCAGAAUAGGGCAAGAUCGCGCGAUCCAAGCCCAACAGUUCGUACCAGAACUUCGCGGGAACCAAGCCCCAUGGAGCAAAGGCGAAUACAGUUGGCAAACAAAAUGAUCGCUACAGCAGCUCGCUCUCGCGAUCCAAGCCCGGUGUGA